GCCCUCCGCGACCAAUUUGCUGACAACGUGAGAGACCCACUUCUACGGAAGGAAUUAAAGCGCAUGGUACGAAGCAACUCCAGCUCUAAGUUUCUAGAAGUACGAGAAGAAGCUCUACACUGGGCAGAGGAGGAUGAAAAGAUGCGUCCUACAAAUAGAAAUGUAUCAAGUGAAGCGGUUUCAACCACACAGUCAAACAAAGAGAUGGAUAAAGUAUUGCAAGCCCUCGAAGAGCAGCGUAAGUCGAUUGAUAAUUUGUCCCAAACCCUUAUUUCCCUUUCCAGAUCCAACAAUAAUAUUCAGCGGAAUCAGGGAGGAAGAGGCGGCCGAAACCCCUCCCUCCGCGGUUUUGACGAAAGAGGGAACAGAAUUUGUUUUAAAUGCCAAGGAGUCGGACACAUUGCAAAUACAAGUCAACGCCAGAAUGACGGCCUUCCCCCAUCCAAUGGCCCACCACGCAAUACUGCCCCACCCUCAUCGUAUGUCCAUAGCCAAGAUACAUCAGCGCCAAACGGUCUCCCUCCACAGUCGCGAGUCGGACAGUAGGAGGGGAAGGCGCAGACUCUCAUAGCAUACCAGAAGGGACAGGAACUACUUUCAACCAGUGGGUGGUUAAAACUGACAGCAGCAAAUGGGUUAGAAAUACCCUACCUUGGGUAUUUCGAACUUGACAUUGAAGCUUUCGGCUUAAACGUGCCCAGACGAGGAAUACUGGUCGUAAAGGAUUCUGCCAAUGAUGCUAUGAGAGCAUGGAAGAGAGACGUACCAGGUCUCCUUGGAAUGAAUGUACUAUGUGAAAUGGGACAAGUGUUAGCUAAGUUCGAGGGAACGGAAUUUUUAAGUAAAGUUGAUCCUGUAUGGUCACAGCCAAUCCAGGCUGCCAAACGUCGUGCAAAUACAUCAGUACGAGGUAUCGUUCGAGUUGCAGGAAAGCGUGCAGUACGGAUCCCAGCUAGUUCGGUAACAACAAUACCUGCCACUGGUUGGGGUGGUCAAGUGAAGUGCGAGAUGGCAAUGGUGGAACCAGUUGUUGGACAACAUUUGUCGCACCUAGUGGUACUCAACACCUAAAAUCUAACCAAUGAUGAUUUGUGGAUCCAGCCAAGGACAAGGAUAGGUGUUCUUCACGCAGUCAGCAACAUCGAAAGUGGUGUGGAAUUCAAGAGAGUGUCAGUCAACGAAGAAAUGGUUACGGUGCAAGAUAGCGAGAACACAUCAAUUCCAGACGUCGUGGACAAUACUGAAUGUCCUUGCAACGGACUUUCCCCAGAGCAGCAAGAAAAACUGGACGCACUGUUGAACAAGCAUGCUUCCGUAUUUUCAAAGUCAGACGAUGACAUUGGCUACACAGAGACGGUUAAACACAAAAUUAGGACGGAGGAUGACAUCCCGGUUACGCAACCCUACAGACGAAUUCCCCCAAAUCAAUACCAAGAGGUGAAGGAACACAUUCAGAAAUUACUUGAUAGCUCAGUCAUUCGCGAAAGUCACAGCCCUUAUGCAUCUCCUAUUGUGUUAGUGCCACUUUGGAAAAAAGUGCAAACAUAACCCUUGAAGGUCCUCAGCAAACGUAUGUGGCCAACACAGAACAUAACGUACCUAAGUCAGGAACGAAGUCAUUUCCAAGUUACUCCAAGUCCGAGUUAAUGCAGAUGCAACAAAGUGAUCCAACGAUAAGUGCAUUCCUGAAAUUUUGGACAGUUGGUAGGAAACCCGAUGCAAAGGAGAAGAAAGAUCUCACUAUUGGUACCUGUGUCUUGUUACAGCAAUGGAAACGGUUAGAACUGAAGGACGGAGUAUUGUACUGAACGAUUAUUGAUCCACAACAGCAGGAGGUACAACAGUUGGUGCUACCUGAGAUUCUAAAGGAGAGAGUAAUUCACAGUCUUCACAACGACAUGGGGCAUCAGGGCUUAGAGAUCCACAGUUGCCAAAGUGCUUGUCAAGGAGUGGUUUCAAAAGUACGGCACACCGGAACGGAUCCAUUCGGACCAAGGCAGGAAUUUCGAAAGUGCAAUCAUUCAGGAACUGUGUCGAAUUUAUGGUAUAAAGAAGAGCCGCACAACACCUUACCACCCACAAGGCAACGCACAAUGUGAAAGGUUUAACCCCACACUUCAUGAUUUGCUUAAGAGCUUGCCUCCUCAAAAGAAACGUCGAUGGACCGAGUACCUUCCUGAGUUACUGUAUGCCUACAACUGUACCCCGCAUGGUACAACCGGUUACAGUCCAUAUCACCUUCUUUUCGGGAGAUCACCAAGGUUACCAGUUGACUUACUCCUCGGAGAAGAAGAGGAUGAACCUCAGAAACAGUCUGCGAAUGAGUGGCUUACUAAACAUCAAACCUGCCUGCGGUACGCUUGGGAAAAAGCAGGGGAGCAUAUACGCGAGUCAGCAGAGAAGAGAAAGCAAAGAAACGAUUCAAAGGUGUAUCCGCCAGAUAUCAAAGUUGGGGAGUUAGUGUACCUACGAAAAAGAGUUUUGGGGCGAAACAAGAUCCAAGAUGCAUGGGAACCUACCAUGUUUAUCGUGACUGAAGUACCGACCAAAGAUGGUGGACCAUAUACUGUUGUACCCUAUAGUGGUCGAGGUGCCCCAAAGAAGGUCAGUCGUGUUGAACUACAACCAUGCCCCAUGAAGAGUGACCCUCCUCAACCGAUACAACCAAUGACGAUUAAAUGCGUUCCCAACCGAGCCAUUCAUGAAGAUACGUCCUCAACUGACACCGAAUCGGAGUUUAUGUUGCUCGUUAAUACCCCUUCGUCACCCAGAGGCGAACAAAUUUAA